AUGGAGAUACAGAAAGGAGCCGAGUUUUGUUUUCCACAGCUCCUCAACAGUUCCUGCAGGAACCCAACACUUCACUGGUCCAGAUCUUUGCUCCUGAACAUUGUGCUGUCCUUCUUCUCUCCGAUCACUGCUGCUCUAAACCUUCUUGUCAUCAUCUCAGUCUCCCACUUCAGGCAGCUGCACACACCCACUAACAUCCUGCUUGUCUCUCUGGCUGUCUCAGACUUUUUUGUGGGUCUCCUGUUGAUGCCAUUAGAAAUCUUUAGAAACACAACUUGUUGGAUACUUGGUGACCUUAUGUGUUCUGUUUAUUGGUAUCUAAACUUCAGUUUCGUCUGUGCUACAAUAGGGAACAUACUUUUAAUAUCAGUUGACCGCUAUGUAGCAAUUUGUUACCCUCUGCAUUAUCCCAACAGAAUUACUGUGGCAAGAGUGAAACUCAGUGUUUGUCUGUGCUGGUUUUAUGCUAUUUUCUACUGUAGUUUUUAUACAAAGGACAUCCUGAUUCAACCAGGCAGGUAUAAUUCCUGCUACGGAGAGUGUGUGUUUUUCAUUAAUGAUAUGGCAGGGAUUAUUGACCUUGUUUUAUUUUUUUUAAUUCCGGUUAUGGUCAUCAUAGUUCUUUAUACAAGAGUAUUUGUAGUGGCUGUGUCUCAGGCUCGCGCCAUGCGCUCUCAUGUUACAGCUGUCACACUUCAGCGUUCACUGAAUCAAGCAAACAAAUCUGAGCUGAAAGCAGCCAGGACUCUGGGGAUUCUUGUAGUUGUGUUUCUGUUAUGCUACUGUCCAUCUUAUUUUUUUACCUUUUUUGCAGAAGGCAUGCUCAACGAUCCAGCUACUGUUUUCUUUAUAACUGUCAUUUAUUUUAACUCUUGUCUAAACCCUUUGAUCUAUGCCCUGUUUUACUCCUGGUUUAGAAACGCUGUUAAACGUAUCAUCACUCUCCAGAUCUUUACACAUGACACAAAUGAAGCCAACAUAUUAUGA